GUAAUGCACUGAAAUACCUCCGGUGACCGCUAGGUGGCGGAAAAUUUCCAGAUUCUCCGGCGCGAUGCGGCUGCAGCAGACAUGUAAACAAAGCGUGUAACUUUGUGUGUGUGAGGUAAAUCUCUGAACAUGGGGAAGCGGGACAACAGGGUGCCGUACAUGAACCCCAUAGCUGCUGCUAGAGCCAGAGGACCUACGCCUGUCAGCGGCCCCACCAUACAGGAUUAUCUCAGCAGACCUCGACCAACAUGGGAGGAGGUCAAGGAGCAGCUGGAGAAGAAGAAGAAAGGCUCUAGGGCUUUGGCUGACUUUGAGGAUAAAAUGAACGAGAGAUGGAAGAAGGAGCUGGAGAAAAACAGAGAGAAAAUCCUGGGAGGAGGUGAAAAGAAAGAAAAAGAGAAAGACAAGGAGAAGGAAAAGAAAGAGAAAGAAAAGGAUAAAGACAAGAAAGAGAAAAAGAAAAAGGAAAAGAAGAAAUCCAGUAGGCAUUCUUCGUCUUCUUCCUCCUCCUCAUCGAGUUCUGAUUCCUCCAGCAGCUCGUCAUCCGAGUCCGAAGAUGAGGACGACAAGAAAAGCAUGAGGAAGAAACGGAAAAGAAAGCGAUCCUCGGCACGGAAAGCGUCGGACGAAUCGGACACAGAGUCAGAAACGGACAGCAAGGAAUCGUCCAAAAAGAAAAAGAAAAAACUCAAGGAGGAGGGAGAGAAAGAUAAGGAGGAAAAGGGCAAAAAGGACGAUUCGGAAUUAGACGAUGAUGGUGAAUCCAGAAAGAAAAAACGGAGUAGUGAAGAGCAGGAGAAAAGCACAGACAAAUCAAAGAAAAAGAAGAAGCGGAAGCAUAAAAAACACAGCAAGAAGAAAAAGAAGAAGAGCUCAGGAUCAGACGUGGACAAGAGUUCAGGAGUGUGGCAUCCUGACUGAACUGAACCUGUUUGGAGCCCUUCCCCUGUCGCUGGAAAAUGUCUGCCAGUGGGACUGUGAAAGCUGCUCGCCUGUAGCAGUGUGUCUUCCUGCUUAAGCAGGGUGAUGAUUGUAUGGAUGGAUGGAUGGAUGGAUGGAUGGAUUUGUUAUGAGUUGGUUGACUGAAAGGGGUUGUGAGAGCUUGAAUACUUAUUUUUUUUAUUUUUAUUUUUUUUUAUUUUUGCUUGAGUUUUUUAAGCAGACGUUUGUGUGUCCCAAUAAA